AUGGCGGAAUUUUCUGAUUUCAUUGAAGACAUGAACUUAAUUGAUCUACAAUUAGAAGAUGGUAACUACACAUGGUUCAAAGGGGAUAAUCAAGAUAGAGCUUCCAAAAUUGAUAGGUUCCUGAUUUACGAGGAGUGGGAUGAUGACAGCUUUAGUAAUAUAAAACAGAUUCCCCUACAAAGAUUAGCAUCUGAUCACAUUUCACUAGCUUUAGAGGGGGCACGUGGAACAGAGCAAAAACUAUUUCAACUCUCAAAUCAAAACUCAAGGACUGGAGCAGAGGCUGAGACAGGAAAUCUGGGUCAUCAAAGGAAGAAUCUGUUAAGCCAAAUGGCAGAACUGGAUGAGGUGCUGGGAGACAGAGUUUUAACAGAGGAAGAAACUGUAAAGAAGGCAGCACUGUUCAUGGAGUACGAGGAGUUGAUAAAAAAUGAGGAAAUCUCAUGGAGACAAAAAUCUAGGGCCCUAUGGUUGAAAGAAGGUGACAGGAACACAAAGUUUUUUCACAAAGUGGCAAAUGCACAUAAAAAGAUUCAACAAUAUUGGCCAACCGAUGAUCCAGGGAGAAUUAACAGAGGAGCCAGCUAG